GCUGUAGUCAGAAAUCAGCUGGCUGCUCUUGGUUAGGAGUUUAUUAUUAUUCUUCUCCGAUAUUUUACGAAUAACGUUGUUUCAAUAUGGAACGAAUAAAGAUUGAUGAGCCAAGAUGGGAUCAGUCUACAUAUCAAGGGCGAGCCAACCACUUUUUUACUACGACGAAUCCUCUAAACUUAUUAUGCUCCGAUGAAGAGCUGGACAAGGCCAAAGACAUUGUAGUAAAAUACAGGAAAGAUGGGCAACUUAAUGGACUUACCAUUGGAGAAUUGUGGAAAGCCAAACAUGUUUAUGACUCUGCUUUUCAUCCAGACACAGGAGACAAAAUGUUGAUAAUUGGUAGAAUGAGUGCUCAGGUUCCAUGCAACAUGUUCAUCACUGGCUGCAUGAUGACAUUCUAUCGGACCACUCCUGCAGUUGUUUUCUGGCAGUGGAUUAACCAGUCUUUUAAUGCUAUUGUCAACUAUACCAACAGAUCUGGCAAUUCACCAAUCACCAACAAGCAAUUAGGUACUUCUUAUGCCCUUGCUACAAGUGGAGCUCUAGUCACUGCUCUUGGUUUGAACAGCCUAACCAAGUCAAUGUCGCCUAUUAUUGGUCGCCUGGUACCGUUUGCAGCAGUCGCUGCUGCUAACUGUGUCAACAUUCCCUUGAUGCGGAUGCAUGAAAUUCAGAAGGGAAUCACAGUGUCUGACGAGAAUGGAAAUGUUCUUGGCGAAUCUUCGAUUGCUGCCAAAUGGGGUAUUACUCAGGUCGUCCUAAGCCGUAUAGGAAUGGCGUCUCCGGGCAUGGUGUUACCACCUCUGCUGAUGAAUUAUUUGGACCGAAAAGGAUUCUUGAAACGAUUUCCUUGGUCUGCAGCGCCUAUUCAAGUUACUCUUUGUGGCGUAUUACUGACAUUCGCAACUCCCAUGUGCUGCGCGCUUUUCCCUCAGAAGGCUUCCAUUUCGGUUGACAGCUUGGAACCAGAGCUUCAGGCAAAGAUUCGCCAGUCUCCUACUUCUCCAACUGUUGUUUACUACAACAAGGGUCUUUAAAUGCGCGUUGCAUUUGAAAUUUCCUGUCAGUGCAAAACAUCUCAGUCCUUUAUUACAUUAGCUAGAUGACGAAAAAUAUAACUGCCAAGUUUUAUGUUUUGCUCAAAUUAUAUCACUGCUGUAGUCUCAUUCCGGUUGUUGGGCAUUUGCUUAGUCGUUUGUUGCAGAAAUACACCGAUACAAAAUACGAAA